AAAUCAAAUGUCAAAUGUCACAAGCUGUGCAUCGUUGAAAAAUGGCUGUGGCUUUAAAUAGUGAAAUUUGGAAAAAUUGGGAGAAAACCGGAAAACAAGAAUUCAUUAAAGCAUGUAUUCCACUCUUAAAAGAUGAAACCAAGAGUCCAGCGUUUGAUAAACUUGGAAAACCUACAGAUAUUAUCAGAAAUGUAUCGCAGCUUAUUGAUAAAGGAAUACGAGGCAUACUUAAGACAGAUCAAGUGGUGUUAACACUAAGAGAAUUAGUGGCUCUACAUGCAGAUAUCCCUUCCAUAAUAUUGGACAUACUUAACUUAGAAGAUGCAGCCACUUCGCAGGGAGAUAGUGAUGAAGCUAGAGAGAGGAGUAAUUUUUGUGCAAUUGUCAAAGAUUGUGAAAAGUUUUUAUCAGAUAAGUUAGUUAAAGAACGAUUGGAGAUAGAUACUCUACAAGAAGUAGGCGUACUAAAGAAUAAUACCUUUUAUUCAAAGUUCAUCAAAGUUAAGACAAAAUUAUACUACAAACAGAGAAAAUUUAACCUGUUUCGUGAAGAGUGUGAAGGUUUCUCCAAGCUUGUAACAGAACUUAAUUCAGAAUUCACUGAACAUAGGGAUGCAGGUGAACUAAUUGGAAUAGUCCAAUCCUUAAUAGGUUGUUUCAAUUUAGACCCAAAUAGAGUUCUAGACAUAAUAUUAGACAGCUAUGAAAACAAACCCAAAGAUACCAGGAUAUUCAUUCCUUUGAUAAAUUCGUAUAUGAAUGACCCGCAAAUUAUCAGUGAAGUGUUGUCAACUAAAUUUGGAUUUUUAAGGAACAAUGAGCAGGAUAUACCCCAAUCGCUAUAUGUCUUGGUUGCGCAGUUACUACAAAAUCGAGUGAUCAAAUUGGAAGAUAUAUAUUAUUGGUUAUUGCCAGAGGACAAAACAAUGACCAUAGAGGCAGAGAAACAUUUGAGAGAAGCCAAGGAAUACGUCAAAAAAAUGCAAAUAAUCAGUUUAAAUAACAAAGAAAAAGAGGACACUCCAGAAGAACCUGACACGGAAAGCGACACUUUUGAAAACAAUCAAAAAUUGGGACUUUGCGAAGCUCUUCUGCUAAUUGGCGAUUGGGAAAAUGCACAAAUUCUCAUCAAACGAUUACCAGAUCGAUACGCAGUUAAUUAUGAACCUAUUGCUACAGCUCUCUGUGGACUGGUUCAUUAUAUAAUCGAGCCUCUAUAUAGCAAGUUCGGCAUUAUCUGUUCCAAAAUACCCAGAAAACCCGUAGGAAAGUUCACAGGCAGCGUAAUACCACCACAAGCACACGAAUUCCUCGAACUGACCGACAUGGCCAUUCCAAUGCUACUCAUGCUCGGAGCAUCUUUGCGUUACGAUACUAUCCUGUUGUGUAAGAUCGUGAGACUGUCUAAAGCUGCGCUAGCUGCCUGUGGCAUCGACAACGCUAAAUCGUUGGCGCCAGUGGAAAGGUCGUUGUAUUAUGAUAUUCUGUCGUUGCUGGAUGUUACGAUAUUACCGGCGUUGUCGUAUUUGGAGUGCAAUUGCUGCAUAGCCGAGGACAUUUGGACACUUAUCAAGCUCUAUCCGUAUCAUAUCAGGUAUGGAUUGUACUCCAGAUGGAAGAACGAGACUUACUAUUUAUACCCCGAGUUAUUGAGAAAAAGAGCGGACUCCGAAAAGCAGAUCAAGAACAUUAUGAAGAGAGUCAGCAAAGAAAACGUCAAACCAGUAGGUCGACUGAUAGGAAAACUAACUCAUUGUUCUCCAGGGUUUCUAUUCGACUAUGUACUGCUACAGAUUCAAGUCUUCAAUAACCUAAUAUCUCCUGUGGUUGAUUCGUUGAAGUAUCUGACGAACUUAUCAUAUGAUGUGUUAGGCUUUUGUCUGAUUGAGUCGUUAGCUAAUGCUGAUAAGAAGAGGGUGAAACUGGAUAGCACAUCGAUCUCUACGUGGUUACAAAGUUUGUCCAGUUUCUGUGGAGCAGUGUAUAAAAAGUACACCAUAGAAUUGAGCGGUUUGCUGCAGUUCGUGGCGAAUCAACUCAAGGCACAGAAAAGUUUGGAUUUACUGAUAUUAAAAGAGGUCGUCCAAAAAAUGGCUGGUGUCGACUCUGCUGAAGAUCUAACCAUGGAUCAGUUAAAUGCUUUGGCAGGAGGAGAACUGUUGAAAUCAGAGGCUGGAUAUUUCAGUCAAAUACGCAACACCAAGAAAUCGUCUUUGCGACUCAAAGAAGCUAUGGCGGAGCACGAUCUCGCAGUAGCUUUAUGUCUUUUGAUGGCGCAGCAGAACUAUUGCGUCGUUUACAAAGAAACUCAGAAGAACAGUCACUUGAAGCUGGUCGGGAAGCUUUCCGACCAAUGCCAAGACACUCUGGUGCAGUUCGGGACCUUCUUGGGCUCUACUAUGUCUGUCGACGAAUACGUCACCAAGUUGCCGUCUAUUCAAAGUAUGUUGAACGAUUAUCAUAUCCCGUUGGAGGUGGCGUUCUUCUUGGCCAGGCCCAUGUUCAACCAUGCUAUCAAUCAAAGGUACGAUCAGCUGCGAAAGGUGGAUCCCAACUACAAAAAAAUGGUUUCCUCUGCCAAAAAUCAAAAAUACUUGGAAGCAACUAACGAAGUAAUGGAGCCGAUAUGUGCGUCUCUACAACUUCUCCAUCCUCCUCGCGUAUGGGAAGACAUCUCACCGCAAUUCCUAGCCACGUUUUGGUCGCUGACCAUGUACGACUUGUUUGUACCCGAAGACGUGUACCAUCAAGUCACCAACAAAGCCAAAAAUGCUUCUAAUGCUGACACCGGAGCCAAAGGUAAGAAGGAGCAGGAGAGGUACCAAACUCUGGCCGAUAAACUGCAAGAUGAAAAGAAAAAGCAGAUCGAACACGUGGAGAAAGUGAUGUACAGGUUGAAACAAGAAAAAGACAACUGGUUCUUGUCUCUUGCGAAAACUGCCAAAAAUGAAACUAUCACGAGGUUCCUGCAGUUGUGCGUCUUUCCCAGGUGCACCUUUACCCAGAUAGAUGCAGUAUUUUGUGCAAAAUUCGUACACACUAUUCACCUUCUGAAGACUCCAAAUUUUUCUACGUUACUCUUUUACGACAGGCUAUUCUGCGAUGUAACUUAUUCAGUAACUUCUUGUACCGAGAACGAGGCUAUGCGAUACGGACGGUUUCUGUUCGCCAUGCUGGAAACUGUAAUGAAAUGGCACAAAUCCAAGGAGACCUUCGAGAAAGAAUGCGCCAACUACCCGGGAUUCGUGACGAAAUACAGGAAGAACAACCAGCACGCUGACAAUCUAGACAACGUAGACUACGAGAACUACCGCCACGUCUGUCACAAGUGGCACUAUAAGCUAGCCAAGGCAAUGGUUACCUGUCUCGAGUCCAAAGAGUACGUUCAAAUAAGGAAUUCGUUGAUAAUACUGAUCAAAAUCAUCCAUCAUUUUCCGCUCUUGAUCAAACUGAGCCAGUUCAUCGAAAAAAGGAUCGAGAAAGUGAGAGACGAAGAGAAAAACAACAGGCAGGAUCUCUAUACUUUGUCCGUUAGUUACUUGGGAUUGCUCAAGCAGAGGAAUUCUGCUGGCCAGAUGAUGAAGGAGGUCGAGUUUCAUAUUCCAGUGGAAAAGGAGAAGGGCAACAAAAACCACGAGUUCAAAAACGACAACAACAACAAGCAUAACGGCGAAGCAAAAGAAGAAUCUACAAAAGAGAAGAAAUCGAAACAGACUUCAGACGAACCCAAGGCUAGUUCCAAACAACAGAUUAUUUCUGUUGAUAUAACAGGUUCUGGUUCCAAGGAUCGAUCAGAGAAAUCAACCAAAGAGGAACAGAGUAAAGACAGACAUAGAUCUGAGAGGAGUAGCGAAGAUAAAGAGAGGGAAAAGGAGAAACGUAGAGAAAGAAGGGAGGAGAAGUCUAACAGAGAUGAUAAAUACGAAAAGCAAUACAGUCGAUCUCAAGAAGAAAGAUACAUUGAAAUGUUGAAUCGUCCGUCGGAAGAGGGUCGGUACUCAUCAGAAAAACAAGACAGGUAUUACGAUUAUCGAAAUGACAGUAGAGAAGAAAGGGAGCUGAACGUAAGCGGCAACGGCAGUCUAGGAAGGAGCCAGGACCCAGAGCCUGAAAGAGAAUCAUCCAAACGAAGGAAAGUCGACAACUCCUCGAAGGUUAGUAUCCAGAAUUCCAAACAUGAAGAAAGGAAAUCUAAUUCCGAGCAAUUUCAAGAAAAGACUGAGAAACGAGAAAGAUCAAGCAAACUUAAAGAUAAAAGGGAUAAGAUGAGCGAAGAAGAAAAAGAGAUGAGGAAAGAAAGGAAGCUCGGAAGGAAGAGGGAUCGAAUGGAAGAAGCUCUUCAGCAAUUCGAAAUGAAACGAAGAAGAGACGAAGAUAAAGCUUCCAAAAUGGUAUCUCCAAACAGAAGUUCGAAUGGUGAAAUCGUUGAACCUUCCAUCCAUGUUAGAGAGAAGCACCACAGAAGUACAAGGGAUAUCUCACCAUACCAGCGAGAUCGAUCGAACGAGAAAUCAGAGCCACGAGAAAAACAUAGGCGGGGUUCAGAAAACAAAAGAAGAUAGCCAACAAUGCACGAGCAUAAAAAGAAGACGCAUGUCUCUAUUGUGUGGUGAAUAAUUUUAUGAAUGUUGUACGAAGAAGAAGUAGGUGUAAUUAUUUUUUAUGUAAUUAAAAGAUUUAUUAAGAAAAA